AUGGCGGGGAUUGAGCAGAUUGUCGUCCAUUCUAAGAGCUACAUUGUUCGAUGGGUUCAAGUCGCAGAAUAUCACACCAUCUCGUGGUCGCUACAGCCUCAGAAAAAGAGCAUCAACUUUGGCCUAUUCAAACACCCGGGCACGAAGAAUGGCCUCACACCCAACUUACCUACCUCCGACGUCCUCGAACCCCCCAUAACUCCAACCCCUGACGGCUCGCCCGAGAAACUGACGCGCCGCGGGUCUAGCCAGUCUCUCGACGUGGUGGAAAAGCUGGAAGGCAUCGGGCUGAGAUUGAUAACAUGGGCAGGCAGAUGUGGACCGGACAAAGUAUCGAUAGGAAAAUACGAUGUGCCGACUGGAGAGAGUGGCAUGUACGGGCUCGUGUUUGACAACACAUUCUCGAAGCAGACCUCGAAGACGGUCAACUUCGUGCUCAUCACCCACCCGGUCAACGUGCCGCCAAAAUCCGGACACCACUUGCAUUAUGCUCAGGCCUUCUCCGAGAGCUCGAGCAGUGUUGGCAAGAGAGCCAGCCCCAUGUUGCGGCCGCUGGGCGACUCGAAUGAGUCGCUUCCACAGACUGGAGUGCAGAGGGGCAUCCUGGAAGACCCGCGACCACGAUCGAAGAGUGGACCUGUGGAGACGCGAGGGAUUGAAGGGACCACCUUCUACACUGGAGUGCUCAACAAACGCCGGAGAAAGAAGGGCCGCGGGUACGCCAAGCGCUUCUUUUCCCUGGACUUUACGUCCUCAACCCUCUCCUACUACCAAAAUCGCCAUUCCUCUGCGCUUCGGGGCGCAGUGCCACUCUCCCUGGCGGCUGUAGGCGCGAACGAGAAGACACGAGAGUUCUCCGUUGACUCGGGUGCUGAAGUCUGGCAUCUGAAGGCGCUGAACAAGAAGGAUUUUGAGGGCUGGCGCGAUGCGCUAGAGCGAGCGUCUGCAGCCGUCGGCGCUACCUCUUUCUCUCCCUCACCCGUCAAACCUCUGCGCGGUUCUCUUCGCAUCAGUCCUCCUAAUCCAGCGGAAGACCACGAAUGGGCUCGGCUCGAGCAGCUUGUCAGCAAGGUCGCAGGCACCAGGGAUGCGGUACGAGCGUUGGCCAAAGAUACCGAUCCGAAAUAUCUCCCUGGGUCCAACGGCACUCCACUGGGUACCGUGACUUCUCGUAGCAGCAGCAAUGCUCCGAGCCCGACCUCCUACGAGCAGAGAGACUACUUUCCCGAAUCAGAGGACUUGCACAACGACAAGCGACCAUUCUGGAGACGCAGGCCAAGUGAACGACAAGCCAGCGCGGAACGAAGACCGGCCUCGACGCUAUUCAAACGAAGUGCAUCCGCGCAAUUGACUGUCCCGCCUUCCUUCGAUAGAGCGGUCCCAAUCUCGCCGCUUCCGCUGGAACUCACGCACCGGCGACCUAGCUUUAAUGCGCUCCCAAUGCCUGCGGACGUGGACGUGCAUGAGCGGUGUAUGGCGGUGUUGCAAGACUUGAACAGUGUGGUGUCUGAUUUUGCCACGCUGAUUGCAGAGAGUCGUGCGCGCAGAAUCCCCGCACCGACGACUACUGAGUCGCGCAUGUCCAUUGACUCUUUCGACGACCAGGAGUUCUUCGACGCGGAGGAUAUGCAUCACGCAACGUCCCUGCUCAAUAUCAGCAAAGCUGGAGAAGCGGAUGAAACGCACGACGAGCCUUUGUUUGGCCACGACUCGGACGCGGAAUCUGAUUCCAGCACGGAUGAUGUUGGGGAGCUGGCUAGACAAGGCACCGACUUGUCGGCGUCGAAGACGCUUUUCUCGGCUCUCCCCGACUCUCUGCCGCCCCUACCUCUUUCCCCGGUCAAACGCCGCUCUACCAUCACACCGCCCAAACAUUCCCCACCUAGCAUCAUCGGCUUCUUGCGCAAAAACGCGGGCAAAGACCUGUCGACCGUCUCCAUGCCAGUGACGGCCAACGAGCCCACCUCACUUCUGCAACGUCUAGCGGAGAGCAUGGAGUACUCACCGUUGCUCGAUGCCGCCGCAUCUACGACUUUGCAACCCGAGGAACGACUCAUGUAUGUUGCUGCGUUCGCAGUCUCGUACUUCGCGUACAACCGCGUCAAAGAGCGCGCCCUCCGGAAGCCUUUCAACCCCAUGCUGGGCGAAAGCUUCGAACUUGUCCGCGAAGAUUUGGGUUUCCGCUUCGUGGCGGAGAAGGUGUCGCACCAUCCUGUUCGCAUGGCAUGUCAAGCGGAAAGCCUUAAUAAUGGAGGCUGGUCCUUCGCGCAGUCGCCGCAACCCGUACAGAAGUUCUGGGGGAAGUCGGUAGAGCUGAACACCGAAGGACGGGCGUACGUCGUGCUGCAUGCGCCUCACGAGCAAUACUCAUGGAGCCAGGCGACGUGCUUCUUGCGCAAUGUCAUUGCGGGUGAAAAGUACGUGGAGCCGGUGCAGAGCAUGACGAUCGUCAACGAGACGAAUCGCAUGCGCGCCGUGGCCACUUUUAAAGCGGGCGGCAUGUUCUCCGGCCGCAGCGAGGAGGUCACCAUUCAGCUCUUCGACGCUGCCGUAGGCGAUACGCCACUACAAGUCGGGUUAUCAGGCAAGUGGACGGAAGGGCUAAAGCGUACGGACACAGGCGACACGAUCUGGAAAGUCGGAUCUCUGGUACCCGACGCGUCGAAAGCGUACGGCUUCACGGCGUUCGCGGCGACGCUGAAUGAGAUUACGGAGGCGGAGAAGGGACACCUGCCGCCCACCGACUCCCGUCUGCGCCCGGAUCAGCAGGCUUUGGAGCGUGGCGAGGUCGACGCUGCGGAGGCGCUGAAGGCGCGGUUGGAGGAGCGGCAGCGGGCGAGGAGGAAGGUGCUGGAGGCGCAUGGGCGGCCUUAUGAGCCGCUGUUCUUCGAGAAGGUGGCGGAGGGGAGUGGGAGUGGGGAGGAGCGGUGGCGGUUGAAGGAGCACCAUGGGUAUUGGGAGCGCAGGCUGAAAAAGGAUUGGAGUGGAGUGCAGGAGGUCUUUGAAGUUUGA